CGAUAUAUCUCGUGGUCCUGUGAGAAUAACGGAAUUCGUGUCAAAAGUCGGACGACGCACCUAAUCAGCUGUUCGGUUGAGAUGCCGAAUUCUGAAAGAAUAGCGACGGCUGAAGAAUAUGAAGUGGCUAUGUCCUAUUAUGUUCUAUGUCGUUAUAUCUAUGGACAUUAUUUUGACAGAACAAAUUAGAGGAGAGAUAACUUCGCAGGAAAUAAGCAAUAUGACCGGUGGCUUCCAAAAUCGAGGCUCAGUUCAGAACAACAAGGGUAAAGAGGUCCGUUCGUAUUCCAAGUGGAGCAGAUGGAGCGAAUGUCACGGAGGGCGGAGGACCAGGCGACGACACUGCUUACGUCAGCAAAUAUGCGGGGACUCACUCCGCUUAGAAGUCACAAGAUGCACCGGCUCUCACAGAAUAAGACAUACGUCACAUGGAGAUAACACCAGGAAACAGCAAAGAAAUAUGUGGAUACCAACGUUGGAGAAACUUCAGCUGAGAGGAGGGGACGUACAGACCAGAUUCAGAGGGUUCUCGCAGUGGGGUAACUGGAGUACAUGUUCCAGACGAUGCACAACUGUACGGAAAAGAUAUUGUGAGAUGCGGAGUAUUUGCGGCAAGAAAAUUAUUAGGCAAUCUGCGUACUGUUACCUUGAGGGUAGCUACUGCCAUCGGUGGAUACGGAGCAGAAUGCAGAAGAGAAAGGACCCAGGUACAGAGCACACACCAGAAGAAUGGCUGCCGGCGCCAGUAUUAGCUAUUCAUCCUGAAGACACCAGGGUGCCUCGUACCGCGGUCCCAGAAUGCGGUAGGCUGGGACGGUACCGCGGGAGCGCAGCGGCGAGACUCCGGUACCGAAUGCAGGAUAUGAUCCGCAUUAUAGGUGGAAGACCCGCGCCGCCUGGCAAGUGGCCCUGGCAAGUAGCUGUACUCAACAGGUUUAAGGAAGCAUUUUGCGGAGGAACGCUGAUCAACCUGCGCUGGGUAGUGACGGCGGCCCACUGUGUGCGCAGACGCCUGUACGUGCGUCUCGGAGAGCACGACCUCUUGCUGAAGAACCGUGGUGAGGUGGAGAUGAGAGUCAUUGAGGCCGUCGUACAUCCACGAUACGAUCCUGAUACUGUAGUCAAUGACGUCGCUUUACUGAGGUUGCCAUUAGAGGCGCGGCCACAGUUGGGACAUGGCAUAGCAUGCUUACCGCGACCUGACAGCGUUCUACCACCGCAUUCGCCUUGUGUCAUCCUCGGGUGGGGCAAGAAGAGAGCUUCAGACAUUCACGGCACUAGAAUUCUACAUGAAGCACAGGUAUCCACUAUCCAGCAAGGCACCUGUCGGCGUUCAUACUGGCAGUAUGCCAUCACUGAUGACAUGGUGUGCGCAGGGCGCGGCCGCCGCGACUCCUGCGCCGGCGACUCCGGCGGACCGCUGCUGUGUCGCGGCAGCGAUAUGAAGUAUUAUUUGCAGGGCAUUACAAGUUUCGGUGACGGAUGCGGCAAGCGUGGCAAGUACGGUAUCUACACUCGAACAGCUGGCUACGUCAACUGGAUACAAGACGUCACGAGCCAUAACUAUUUCGACUGACCUCAUCCUAAUUGCUCCCUAUUUUACCCAAGUAGCGAACGUCACCAAAAUCUGAACGCCAAGUAGUGUAUCUACAAAAAGUUACGUUAAAAAGGUCUCUAUACCCUUGUAAUUGUAUUGUAUAAGUUGUCAGACAGAUAGAUAUAGAUAACACACAUUGGAUAAACCGCACGGUGAAAGCACACCCCGGUCACUUCAUAAACACCUCGUUUUACACAGGCACUAUAUUAUAUGGACGUUAUCUUACACGCGCAUCUGUGUGUGUGACGUCUGACGCCGAUUACGAUUGAAGACUAAAGUAAGACCGAGGGGGGGGGGGGGGGGAUUAGAAUAGGUGAGGUAAACCUAGCUCAGCCGCCGGUGAGGAGCGGAGAGUUGCCAUUCUAUACGUAGUAUUAUUCCUUAUUCUAUCUAUGGUGAGAGGUUAACCAAGUUUAGAAGUUAAACCACAAAUCAAAUACCUGAAAUAUCAUCGCUUAAGAAAACAUUAGGCUAAAAGCUGCAACAUCAAUAGGUUCCUACUUGUGUUAAAGGUGAAAUUUAGGUAUACAACUUUAGCAGCAAAGUUAUUUCGAGAUAUAUAUCAACACAACCCGUUGACGAACGAAAGUGGUUUUAGGUAAAUACGGAUAAGGUAUAAGAAAUGGCCUUUCCCAAAUAUUAGGGCAGAAUACGUAAAACGGACUGAAAGUAAGUAUUUCAAAUGUAUUUUUGCGAUUAUAGAAUAGGAUACACCACAACAACCUUUGUCAACCUUUGUCUGGCAGUAGAAUUUACUGAAAUCAGAAGCUUUGAGGCUAUUUUGCAAAGAAAUUUGAAAUAAGUGAAUAAGAUAAUUAAUUUGCAUAGGAAAACAGAGCAAUUUAUUUGUCGUUAUUAAUCCAACAACGUAUGAAUUCGAGCGUAUCGCACUGAUUGAAAAAAAUAUACUUAAAACCUGUCAAGCAUUAUUGUGAUAUGACAAUUAAUUAUAAUCCGUAAUUAUUUGACCCAAUGUGUGUCUCCUCGUCUCAUGUAGAUAGUAGGUUAGGUACGUGUUAAUAUUAAAAAUAAAAAGAAAACAAUUUAAAAUAUCUUUAUUUAACAGUUUACACUCUGAACCGUCACCAUUUACUUAGUUUUUGUCGAAUGUCUCGUCCGCCUAACCCAAUCAGAGGACAGGUGCAAAACAACCCUCGGCAGCCUCGACUCUGGAAGUUCUUAAAAACUGAUGUUCUACAGUUUCAGUAAUUCCGCAACCUAAUAUUGUUUCCAGUCCACGUACUUUUAAGUUUGUAAUUGACCCUGUUAUAAUUUAUUGUGAUCAUUUCAUUCUACAUACCCCUCAACUUGUGCCCUUUGUAAUCUUGUCUGGAACGUGCUUAGAUUGCCUAAAGGAUAACGCGCCGAUAAAUACAUAAACAGUCUAUAAUAUAUUAUAGUCUAUUUUCAUCGUGAAACGGCGUUCGCUUCUAUGAACUAAUAACAGAUCUUACCUAGUUAACAAAACGGAUAAUCUAUUUACAAAACUUGAACACCAAUGUGAAACCCAAUACAACAACAACGUUUAAAAUGUGGAUCAAGCUUUGUUAUUAGGAAAGUAAAAUUCAUACCAAAUAUUGUAAUCAAUGCGAAAGUAACUCGGGUCCGUCCCAGUAACUGUCGUACUUCCGUGAUUCACUCUUUGAUAAUGUCGAAACUUCCUUGUAACUUCGCUUGUCUGUUAUAAAAUGAGAUUGAUUUGUGUCAGGUAUUCCAACCUUACUUCCUUCUUUACUAAUUCAAAAUCACUUCAAACUUAGUAGAAGUACCCAAUUACUUUAAAUAUAGAUAGAUGAGAAUCAGACAGUCAAAUGCCUCUCGCGACCCGUGCACCCACUGGCUUCACCCACCGGUGGGUGUAAUUAUGGUGAUGGAGAAAUAUUAUAAUAUCUAUCAGAAUGACGACCGUAAAAGACUAUAGAUGUGUUUAUAUAUAACACAGAGAUUAGAUUCUGAUGUCAUCGGCCGCAAAAACUUAUAAUAAGACUCGGGUAAAACUUACGUAGGAGGGUACAUGUGACGCAAAAAGGCCAUUGAGUCUGUGUAAUUUUAUUUUGAUUCAUGUAUAACAUUAUAGUGGUUCAGGGAUAGUAAUAAAAGAGACCGUCAAGGGAUCUUUUCAUGCUAUUCAUUUUUACGCCGUCACCGCCCAUUAAGUUGCGAAACAAGGUUUGAAAACCCGUCUACUCAUUCAUGUGCGCCAACAUUUGAAGAUAUUUUUAAAACUUAUUUUCGUUCCUGUGUAGUUCGGAAUUGGAGCGUUUUAAAUAGGUAUAUAUUAAUUAUUAUUUGUAGUCGAACUUACUAGUGUCAAAGGCACGUUAGAU